UGCAUGUCCAGUGGGGGUAGGUUUAAUUUUGACGAUGGAGGGUCCUACUGCGGAGGCUGGGAGGACGGCAAGGCGCACGGCCAUGGCGUCUGCACCGGCCCAAAGGGCCAGGGCGAAUACACCGGCUCGUGGAGCCACGGCUUUGAGGUGCUGGGCGUCUACACCUGGCCCAGCGGCAACACGUACCAAGGCACCUGGGCGCAGGGCAAGCGCCACGGCAUCGGCCUGGAGAGCAAGGGGAAGUGGGUGUACAAGGGCGAGUGGACGCACGGAUUUAAGGGGCGCUACGGUGUGCGGGAGUGCACGGGCAACGGGGCCAAAUACGAAGGGACCUGGAGCAACGGACUGCAGGAUGGCUAUGGCACGGAGACCUAUUCGGAUGGAGGGACAUACCAGGGCCAAUGGGUUGGUGGCAUGCGCCAGGGCUACGGUGUGCGGCAGAGUGUCCCCUAUGGCAUGGCCGCAGUCAUCCGCUCGCCCCUGAGGACGUCCAUCAACUCCCUGCGCAGCGAGCACACCAAUGGUGCGGCGCUGCACCCGGAUGCCUCCCCGGCAGUGGCCGGCAGCCCAGCCGUGUCCCGCGGUGGCUUCGUGCUGGUGGCCCACAGUGACUCGGAGAUCCUAAAGAGCAAGAAGAAGGGGCUGUUCCGGCGCUCCCUGCUGAGCGGCCUGAAGCUGCGCAAGUCUGAAUCCAAGAGCAGCCUGGCCAGCCAGCGAAGCAAGCAGAGCUCCUUCCGCAGCGAGGCAGGUAUGAGCACCGUGAGCUCCACGGCCAGCGACAUCCACUCCACCAUCAGCCUGGGUGAGGCCGAGGCCGAGCUGGCCGUCAUCGAGGACGACAUUGAUGCCACCACCACUGAGACCUAUGUGGGCGAGUGGAAGAACGACAAACGCUCAGGCUUCGGCGUGAGCCAGCGUUCGGACGGGCUCAAGUAUGAGGGCGAGUGGGUCAGCAACCGGCGGCACGGCUACGGGUGCAUGACGUUCCCCGACGGCACCAAGGAGGAGGGGAAAUACAAGCAGAACGUACUCGUGAGCGGCAAGCGCAAGAACCUCAUCCCGCUGCGUGCCAGUAAGAUCCGGGAGAAGGUGGACCGGGCCGUGGAGGCAGCCGAGCGGGCAGCCACCAUCGCCAAGCAGAAGGCCGAGAUCGCCGCGUCCAGGACCUCCCACUCCCGGGCCAAGGCUGAGGCAGCACUCACGGCCGCUCAAAAAGCCCAGGAGGAAGCGCGGAUCGCCAGGAUCACUGCCAAAGAGUUCUCGCCUUCCUUCCAGCACAGGGAAAACGGGCUUGAGUACCAGAGGCCAAAGCACCAGAUGUCCUGCGAUGACAUCGAGGUGCUCUCCACCGGGACACCCCUGCAGCAGGAGAGCCCUGAGCUGUACCGCAAGGGCACUACCCCUUCUGAUCUGACCCCAGACGACAGCCCCCUGCAAAGCUUUCCCGCCAGCCCCACGGCCACCCCUCCGCCAGCUCCUGCCUCCAGGAACAAGAUGGCCCACUUCUCCAGGCAGGUCUCCGUAGAUGAGGAGCGAAGCGGGGACAUCCAGAUGCUUCUUGAGGGCCGCGGAGGGGACUAUGCCCGCAACAGCUGGGGCGAGGAGAAGGCUGGGGCCUCUAGGGGUGUCCGCAGUGGUGUGCUGCGCAGCGGCCAGCCCACUGAGGACUUCCGCACCCGGGGCUCGGGCCACAAGCAGCCUGGGAACCCCAAGCCCCGGGAGCGGCGGACGGAGUCCCCCACCACGUUCUCGUGGACUUCUCACCACCGGGCAGGCAAUCCCUGUUCUGGGGGCCCCAAACUGUCAGAGCCAGACGAGGAGCAGCUGAGCAACUACAAGCUGGAGAUGAAGCCCUUGCUAAGGAUGGACGCCUGUCCACAGGACACGCACUCCCAGAGACGGCGUCACAGUCGGGGUGCCGGGGGAGACCGGCGCUCCGAGGACCGGGGCUUUGGGCUGCAGAGACUGAGGUCCAAGUCCCAAAAUAAGGAGAACCUCAGGCCAGCCUCCUCUGCAGAGCCCACGGUGCAGAAACUAGAGAGCCUGCGGCUGGGGGACCGGCCCGAGCCCCGUCUGCUGCGUUGGGACUUGACCUUCUCCCCACCCCAGAAGUCCCUGCCUGUUGCACUGGAGUCUGAUGAGGAGACAGGGGACGAGCUCAAGUCCAGUACGGGCUCAGCUCCCAUCUUGGUCGUCAUGGUGAUCCUGCUCAACAUUGGUGUCGCCAUUUUGUUUAUCAACUUUUUCAUCUGACGAGAUUGUUGUGACCACGGAAGCAAUGAUGUACAAAAGGAACGUUAAAAGCAAAACAGAAAGGGGAAUCUUGACUCAGACAGCCCCAUGACUCCUGUCUUUCCACGGAAGAACAACAUGACUGGGUAUCACUCACAGUAUGCCUUUUUUUCUGGGUAAUGUUUUUUGGAUUUUAGCCAAAAUUCUUUGCUUGUAUAACACGAUGCUGUGUGGCAUGGCAGGAGGAGGCCGGCAUGCCAUCCCUCCAGUGUGGUGUGAAAGGGUUCGGGGAUCUUCUUCGUGUUUCCUGCCGGGUGUGGAAGGUGUGAGAGGGGGCGCCUUCACCAGGGUGCCCGUCUAGCCGGGGGAGGGGGAGGGCAGCAAGGUAGCGCAGCUAUGGAAAGCCAGUGGCUCUGCCCUCCUCUCUGGAGUAGCUGCUGGGAGUGUGGGCCCGGGCCCAGGGACAGGGACAGGGAGUCCUGGCCUGUCUCCAUGGAGUCUGUGCUGCGUUCCUGUGGAGGGAGAGGGAAGCCCCUGCUCUUCUUCCCACAACAAACCAUGAUCCCUCUUCUCGGCACUGCCCCACGGCCCUCCUAAGGAGGCUGCCUCCCCACACUGAGUCUUACAGCAAAGUCUGUUCCCCUGCUGUCCUCUGCUCACUCAUUGUUGGCCCUGUCCAGCCAUCCUCCCUCCAGACCCAGGGAGGCCAUGCUGCAGACGUCCAGGGCUAACCCCGAUCUCGCCAGGCACAUCUAAGCCCUGAUGCCAAGGGGCUGUGGCCCACAUGCCCCGGACAGCCUGACAGCACGCCUGGGCUGAGCAUGUGGCGUUUUGCACCUAGUAUGCAGGAUGUAUAUUCAGGCUUCCGUGUCCCUGGCAGUGACGCCCCAUGGAGGACGUCACCUCUCACUGACCUCCACGGGGUCUCACAUCUUUGCACUGUGCCUGCCUCGACUACCCUGACAGAUAUGCAUAUUCCCUCCAGAUGCCUCAGUGCUACUCCAGAGCGAGUCUGGUCCCGGGACAGGAAUGUGGUUGAAGCCAGUGGCUUGAAUGUCCUGGAGACUGUUGCAUACCCAGCACUCCCGGAUGUACAAUGUAACUUGUUUCAGUCAAACAACAGGUUCCUCAUGUCUCUGCCUUCUCUACCAGGGUUGUUCCCUCAUCCAAACAAACGAACAAGGGAUGCCAGCUCGACUGGUACCCGCGGCUCCGUCAGUCUUCUUGGGUGCAGCCCGUCUGUCUUAUGGACUCUGCCUUGCUUUGCUCGUGUUCAGCUGUUCUCUGCUACCUUUCGAGCAGAUUUCUUUACUACAGUGCACUGGAUUGCUAUA